AUGAGAAAGAAAAGGGGGAGAAGAGAAAAUCCGAAAACCCUAGAUCCCGUCGCUGAUGAUGAUGACGAGACUCGUGGAGACGUCACCGGUAAAGAUGGGAAUGGAUUCUUCGCCUGCUAUAUCUUGACCUCCCUUAGCCCUCGCCACAAGACUCACACCUAUAUCGGGUUCACGGUUAACCCGAGGCGCAGAAUAAGGCAGCACAACGGAGAGAUCACAAGUGGAGCAUAUAGAACAAAGAAGAAACGGCCAUGGGAAAUGGUCCUCUGCAUCUAUGGUUUCCCCACCAACGUCUCUGCUCUUCAGUUUGAGUGGGCAUGGCAGCAUCCGAGAGAGUCACUUGCAGUGAGAGAAGCUGCUGCUGCUUUCAAAUCAUUCACUGGACUUGCAAGCAAGAUCAAGCUUGCUUACACAAUGCUUAAUCUUCCAGCUUGGAAUAGUUUAAACCUUACAGUCAACUAUUUCUCAACAAAGUAUGCUCACUACGGCGGUCUUUCUCCACCUUUGCCGUUGCAAAUGAAAGUCCAAGUUUGUGCUAUGGAUGAUCUUCCGUGUUUCACACAUGUAGACAGCAGUUCUCAACCCGAAGAUGAAGAGAGUCCUGAUGAUAGGAAUGAUGAUGAUGAUGAUGAUGAUGGCUGUAGCAAUCAAAGCCAGCCUAAGAAUGAAAAAGAACGUCAUGACCGACAUUUUGAGAAAGCGAAAGUACAUGAAACUGUACUUGAUGACAGAUUAGCAAACUUCACUGGUUUUGGCUUGUUAGAUUAUGAGAGUGUUGAAGAUGAAGUUUCACAUAGCACUGUAGGAGUAUACAUUGAUGAAGCUAUAGAGAAAGAGCCUGAGGUUGUAUUACAUGACAGAUUAGCAAAUUUCAGUGGUUUUGGCUUGGUAGAUGAGAGUGUUGAAGAUGAAGUAUCACAUGGCACUUUAAGAUCCAUUAGAGAUUGUUGGACAAGAAGCAACCCUGUUACAUCAACCGUUAAUGAGGUGGAGGUGAUUGAUCUGAUGACUCCCUCACCGAGUUGCAGAGUUGGAUCGUCUAUGCAGAGGAGACGAGUUUCUGAGUUUGUUGAUUUGACAAGGUCUCCUAAUUUCAUAGAGUUGUAG